GGCCUAAAUGAAAAUGUAAACAAGAGUGGUCCUACUUUGGUUUGGAGUGUGAAAGCUGUGCCGAACUUCGAACAUUUACUGUAUUCAGAUCAUUUUAAGUAGCAAGUAGAGUUAUAUAUCCUUUAUUAUAAAGUCAAAUGAUAGGAAUUACAAUAAUUUUAUAGAUGUAGGGCCUAGGCCUCUAGCUUAGAUACUGGGCCUAAAGUAGGCCUACCCUACUAGGCCUAGCUAGUCUCAGUGUGCCAUCAUCAGUCAAGGAAGACCCUGGGCCUGGACUCUGUGAUGACAGAGUAGAUACAACGGUGCACUGGGAUAAGACGCUUAUCUAUACAGAUGGAGAAUAAAGAGGGGGAGGAUGAGCAUGAUCGUCAAAGUAUAGUCUGCGUACAAAAUGGUAUCACAAAUGUAGAUGAUGAAUCGAGUGCUAAUCAAGAUGCCAGUUCCACUGACAUUGAUUUCAAGGGAUCAACCUCAAUGACAAGAGAGCAGAAGAUAUUGUUCAUUACAUUUGGGCUCACAAAUCUAAUGAACGAAAUGACAUUCUCUAUACUAGCUCCAUUUUUUCCAGCAGAGGCUGGAAAACAAGGUGCAUCAAACGCCCAGAUUGGCCUUAUAUUUGGCUUUUAUGCUUUGGUGCAGUUUUUUACAGCCCCAAUAAUUGGAAAGUUUCUGCCAACUAUUGGGUGUAGGUUCAUGUUUAUUGCUGGAUGCUUUAUCUCUUCUGGCUGCAAUAUUUUAUUCGGUUGUUUAGACCGAGUGGAACCAGGCACACAAUUUUUGGUUUUCUCUUUUGUAAUACGAGGCGUAGAAGCCAUCGGAGCUGCCUCAAGUAUGACAGCAUUCAUGGCGAUAGUAGCUAAUAAGUUUCCAAACUCUGUUGGACAGACAAUGGGUAAUAUAGAGAUUUUUUCUGGGGUUGGAUUAACUAUUGGUCCAUUUGCAGGAGGCGUUUUAUAUCAGCUUGGAGGAUUUAUAUUACCAUUUGUUACACUGGGUGGUAUUUCUAUAGUUUUAUCACUAAGUCUACUAUUUAUUAUACCAGUUGAUAAUAAUUUGUCAGAACAGAAGAAAACUGGCUCUUUUAUCCAGUUGAUGAGUAUACCGGGCACAUGGGUUGGAGUGUUGUCGCUUUUUAUUGGUACAGCAGCUUUAACAUUUGUGGAGCCGACUCUUUCGACUGUGCUGCAACAGUAUAAUUUGACACCAACGCAAAUUGGUCUGGUGUUCCUAUUAAUGGGGUUUGGAUAUGCAGUAACCGCACCGACAGUUGGUUGGAUUGCUGACAAACGGAAAAACACACGAACCCUGCUUGCGUUUGGUUAUAUCGUGGCUGGAAUAGCAUACCUCAUUGUUGGCCCAUGGCCUGUUCUUCAUCUACCAAAUAAACUAUAUAUAAUUUGUAUUGGAGUUGUACUUAUAUAUGUGGCACUGGGCUGUGCCAUAACACCGACGUAUCAGGACCUAUUAGUAACCGUGUUACACAAUGGUAUGCCAGACGACUUAUCAACGCAUACUGUAGUCUCUGGAAUGUUUAACAGUGCAUUUUCACUCGGGUCAUUUUUUGGUCCUACUAUGGGAGGCCUUCUGGUACAGAAAUUCGACUUUGCAAUAUCUUCUUCAUUGUUUGGAGCAUUAAAUUUAAUUUCAGCUGCUUGCAUCAUAUUAUUUUCUUUAUGGGAAUUCAGAUGUGGAAAGGGGAGGCGGAAAACAAUGUAUGUUGCAAGGUUCCGAGUAACUGCUGAGGAGACAAAAUCGCUUCUAAAUAGUGAGGAUGACAACACAGACUCCUCCAUAUCAGAUAGUAAAGAUGAAAACGAGAUAGAACCAUCAUUAAGCAGUUUAACAUCUGAAAGAGAAUUACAAAUAAAUAUACCACCAGAUGACAGAGAACCAUUGUUAAUUAAUUUAUGAACUCAUUAAAUAUGAAUGAUAAUUAUUAUUUAAUGAAUAAUCAGAUUAUGGAAAAAACUUUUCCAUAAUCUUUGAUGCAAGCCAUAGUGAUUCAAUAUUUUGUGCUUUAUUUGCUUAUGUUAAGAAAGAAUGAAUGUCUCAAUUCUUGGAAGAAUGAAUGAAGUCUGAAAUAUUGAAUCAUAAAGUUUAAGUAUCCUGGUGACAUCAUAGCUUUAAUAUUGAUUUUGGCCACUCCGCCUUUUGACUGGUCGAUUUUCGUUAAACUACGGCCACCUGCGCAGUGGUAAAAUCCUACUUAAUGAAGACGACCAGGAGAAUAGAAAACUGGUAAAUACUUGACGAAACAAAAUGGCUGCAUUGUUACCGCGAUGCACGCUGCGUAAUCAAGGUUGCU